GCUCCUUUUUUCUUCCUGUUGGAUGGGAAGCCGGGGCUAGUGGUGCGCACGCGCAGAGGCGCAUUUCCUGCCGUCUUUCUUUCUUUCUUUCCGCGGCCUGUAGGAGUGGCAAGAUGGCCAAGCGCACCAAGAAGGUUGGGAUCGUGGGUAAAUAUGGUACCCGAUACGGAGCUUCUCUGAGGAAGAUGGUGAAGAAGAUUGAAAUUAGCCAGCAUGCCAAGUACACUUGCUCCUUCUGUGGCAAGACUAAAAUGAAGAGGAAAGCAGUGGGCAUUUGGCACUGUGGCUCAUGUAUGAAAACAGUGGCUGGUGGUGCCUGGACAUACAACACCACUUCAGCAGUGACAGUGAAAUCUGCCAUUAGAAGACUGAAGGAAUUAAAAGACCAGUAAAAACAUAUUUUUGUUCCAGUACUGUUUGUCUUGUUCCAUUGUCUCAAUGCAUGCACUCUUUCACCAAUUAAAGGUGUUUGUAAAGCUA